AUGAGUGACCUUGGUAUCGUGACAUACUUCCUUGGCAUAAAGCUCCACAAAUCCGAAAAGGGACUGCUUAUGCAUCAAAGGAGAUAUGCUCUUGAGAUAUUGAAGAAGUGUGAUGAGGAGCAUUGUAAUGUUGUCAUUACACCAGCUGAAUCAAGGUUGCAGCUGUCCAAGAAUGAAGAGGAGCAGAACGUAGACCCAACUCAAUAUAGAAGGUUGAUUAGAUCAUUACGUUACUUGUGCAAUACGAGACCAGAUUUGGCAUUUAGUGCGGAUAUUGCAACAAGGGUCCUUGGUUUGCGCUGCCACCUUGACUUAGAAGAUGACCAAAUGCAAAUAUGUUCCUCAUUUGAUUUUUCUGCUCCCAUUUCUGAGGCUAGAGUGAGACCAAUAAAAGCUCUGUACUUUGCUUAUUUUUUGGUAGUUUGGAAUUCAAAAUACGAGGAUACUUCUACUACCAGCAUUACUUCUCUCUCAAAGAUGAGCCCCACACCUCUUCCUCUUGUAUCGGGUGAUCAGUCCGUGAAGACAAUCCACAUUGUGCAUUUAAGCAUGUAG